CGCGCGCCCCCGCCCCGCCCGCGGACCCAGGAUCAUUCGCAGCUGCUGGCUGCUCGCGUCUCGCCCCGCGCCGCCUGUUUUCCGCUUCGCGGCCCGGGUUACCGAGCGCGGUGCCCCUGCGGCGGGGAGGGCCGCGGGAGAAGGGCGCGCGGCGUCCGGAGGGGCCGCAGGGCCGCGCGGACGAGCAGGAGCCCGCUGAGGUCGCCCCCUCCCCGCGCGAUCCGGCGGGCAGCCACUCGCGGACGCGGGCGGCGAGCGGGCCCGGGGACAGCGCGGCCCCACGAUGGCCUCCACCACCACCUGCACCCGGUUCACGGACGAGUACCAGCUCUUCGAAGAGCUCGGAAAGGGGGCUUUCUCAGUGGUGAGAAGAUGUAUGAAAAUCCCUACUGGUCAAGAAUAUGCUGCCAAAAUCAUCAACACCAAGAAGCUGUCUGCCAGGGAUCAUCAGAAACUGGAAAGGGAAGCCAGAAUCUGCCGUCUCCUCAAGCACCCCAACAUCGUGCGGCUGCACGAUAGCAUCUCCGAGGAGGGCUUCCACUACCUGGUGUUCGACCUAGUGACGGGCGGGGAACUGUUUGAGGACAUCGUGGCGCGAGAGUACUACAGCGAGGCCGACGCCAGCCACUGCAUCCAGCAGAUCCUAGAGAGCGUGAGUCACUGCCACCUCAACGGCAUCGUGCACAGGGACCUGAAGCCGGAGAAUCUGCUCCUGGCCAGCAAGUCCAAGGGGGCGGCCGUGAAGCUGGCGGACUUCGGCCUCGCCAUCGAGGUUCAAGGGGACCAGCAGGCGUGGUUCGGUUUCGCUGGCACGCCUGGGUACCUGUCUCCAGAAGUGCUGCGGAAGGACCCCUACGGGAAGCCGGUGGACAUGUGGGCCUGCGGCGUCAUUCUCUACAUCCUGCUGGUGGGGUACCCCCCGUUCUGGGACGAGGACCAGCACAGACUCUACCAGCAGAUCAAGGCCGGAGCUUACGAUUUCCCAUCACCAGAGUGGGACACGGUGACUCCCGAAGCCAAAGACCUCAUCAACCGCAUGCUGACCAUCAACCCCGCCAAGCGCAUCACCGCGUGCGAGGCGCUGAAGCACCCGUGGAUCUGCCAACGCUCCACGGUGGCCUCCAUGAUGCACAGGCAGGAGACGGUGGACUGCCUGAAGAAGUUCAACGCGCGGAGGAAGCUCAAGGGCGCCAUCCUGACCACCAUGCUGGCCACCAGGAACUUCUCAGCGGCCAAGAGUCUGCUGAAGAAGCCAGACGGAGUGAAGAUAAACAGCAGAGCCAACGUGGUAACUAGCCCCAAAGAGAACGCCCCUGCCCCGGCGCUGGAACCCCAAACCACUGUGAUCCACAGCCCUGACGGAAACAAGGAGUCCACGGAGAGCUCCAACACCACCAUCGAGGAUGAAGACGUGAAAGCUCGGAAGCAGGAGAUCAUCAAGGUCACGGAGCAGCUGAUCGAGGCCAUCAACAACGGGGACUUCGAGGCGUACACAAAAAUCUGUGACCCGGGCCUCACUGCCUUUGAGCCGGAAGCUCUGGGCAACUUGGUGGAAGGGAUGGACUUCCACCGGUUCUACUUUGAAAACGCUCUGUCCAAGAGCAGCAAGCCCGUCCACACCAUCCUCCUGAACCCGCACGUGCACCUGCUGGGCGAGGACGCGGCCUGCAUCGCCUACAUCCGGCUCACCCAGUACACGGACGGCGGCGGGAGGCCCAGGACCAUGCAGUCGGAGGAGACGCGCGUGUGGCACCGCCGGGACGGGAAGUGGCAGAACGUGCACUUCCAUCGCUCGGGGUCCCCCACGGUGCCCACCAACUGAGCGCCCGUGCCACGUCGGCCUCGUGUCUCAGGCACCGGACGGGACCUGGCCCGGGUGUCUGCGUGAGGCGUGAAGGCGGCCUGUGCCUGCGCCGCGUCUCGUCACCGCCCCCUGCUGUCCAUGUGCACCCUGCGGACAGCUGCACACGGAGGCCGCCGUCCAGUCCCCGAGGACCGCCUGCUCCUCGUGUCUGUUCCUGCCAAGACCAGCGCCCCGCUGUCCCGGACGGCGUGCACGCGACAUGUACAUUUUUAACUGCUGUUCUCUGCCUGGGCUUGUUCAACAGAAAGGGCGAGAACCACGUGUUUCCUGGGGUGAAGUGGUGGCGGCCCGAGGGCGCCGCGCUCCCCUCCUGCGGGUCAGACGUCACGGAAAGGCCGCGUGGAUCGCGCAGGCGGCGGGCGCUGCCGGGACCGCUGGCUGCCCUUUUUGUUCCUCAGAUCUGCUGUUUUCUCAUUUUCCCGUUUCUAACUUUCCCACCUCCUCUUCGCUUCUGUCUGGUGUGUGAGACGUGGGGUGUGCGUAAACACAGUGAGAUCCCGCCCCGGCUGGAGGCCCCGCCGGCCGCUUCAGCACCUUCCGGGCCCACAGGGUGUGGUCGGGGGCUCAGGGUUGUGAUUGGCGUGGAGUGGGGACCGGGAGGCGGCCAGGCCAGGUCCGCGCGGAAGCCCCAGGCAGGGCCGCCCGGCCACGUCCGACGUUGGAGGCCCAGAGCGGUUCUGUCCUCACAGCGCUUUGAACUUGGGGGUGUGACCGCACUUCCCGGGGUCGCAGCCACCCUCCUGCGAGGAGGAGGCCUCCCUCGGAGUGAGGGCCGGGUGGGUGGGCCCCGCCCCGCUGUCCCCGUGUCUGUGCCGCCCGUGUGCAUGCCCCCGCGUGGCUCCCCGCACCGCCCGCCCCGCUCCCAGCGGGAGCAGAACCAGCAGCCGCCCCCCGCCGCCCGCCCUGCCGUGUCCUGGGUGCGGGAGGCGCCCCGGCCCUGCACACGCCUGCACCGUGUACAUAUUCCGAGUGAGCGCAUCGCGUCUGUGAAGUGGCAGCUCCUCCGUGGGUCCCUCCCUCCUGUGACGCGGCUGCACAUGGACACGCGUGUCACACUCCGCGCGUGGCGCUCCGUGCCGCCAUCCGGAGGCACCGCAGCUGCCACGGCCCGCACAUGACUCGCCAGGACGGUGAGGACGGCUGAUAUUUAAGUUAAUAAACCUGUGAUUUCUGCUG